UCACAAACAAACAGCUUUAUUAAACAAAAAAAAGGGUCAACGGUUAACGAACAAACUGAAAAUUAGAGGCCAAUUAAAGCAUUAAAUCCUUCUGUUUUUGCCAGCCCCACAUUUUGUUCUCCUCCAUUAAUCUUCACCAAAACACACAAACUGAUUCCCUUAGACAGAAACACACAGAAACAGAAACAGAGACGAACCCGGACUCACUCUUCUUUUCUCAUUUCCCCUUUUUUUCUUCCCUCACCAAAUUAAUUUCUCUCCUUUCCUUUCUUUUAUCUCUCCAUUUUCUCCAUUUCUCACUACCCAUUGUUUUAUUCAUGGAGAAAAACCCACCCCCAGAAAAGUCUGAAAGUUUUUCUAAAAAUUUUAAUAGAAAGAUUGCUAAUUUAGGCUCACCUCGACGGACUCUCGACGCUGCUGCUUCCGAUGCUAAAUCCGAUUCCGAAAAGCUUCCUGCCGACGGAGAUGACGAUGCUUAUAUUGAAGACCCUCUUUCUGAAUCCGAUACAGCCUUGAUUUUCGAAGAGGUUGAUCGAUUUCUUCAGACUUUGUCCAAUGUUGGAGAUGAUGGAUCCAAUCUAAUCCAUGAAAUUCCGAGCUCCGUUCAUUCGUUGUCGAAAAUGGUGGACUCGAUGAUCACCAGGUACAAUUCUAACAAAUAUCCGGCGAAGCUUGGGAAAGAUCCUGACCGGGAUUCUUCCUUUUUCGAAGCUUUAGGUCGCAUUUCCAAGAUUGCGAUUAAAUUAAGUGAAUUCCCUACCAGUACUGCCUCGAUUCCUUCUUUCAAUCGGACUACCACGGCUCUACAGCGAGCGAUGUCAUUAUUGGAUGAAGAAUUCAAUGCCCUUUUGAAAGAAUGCAAACAUCGGGAGCUUGAUUCGAAAUCUGACAGGAAAGCAUCAAAGCAAUCGUCGUUCAAAACAAUCAAUGAAGCAACAGAUCAACAAAACAGCACUGUUCCUGAAUCAUCCGAGUCCGAUUCUGCUAAGGAAGAGAUAUUCCCGUCUUUUGCGCCGGAAACUGUGUCAAACAUGAAAAGAAUUGCCGGAACAAUGAUCUCCGCUGGUUAUGAGAAGGAAUGUUGUAUGAGUUACAGCUUCCUCCGGCAGAGUUCGUUCAAAGGAAUAUUGAACAAGCUGGGGUAUGAAAGUAUUAGCAUAGACGAGAUUCAGAAAAUGCAAUGGGAAACUCUUCAAUCGGAAAUCGACAAAUGGAUCGCCGUCGUCAAGAAAUGCUCAAAGUCUCUGUUCCCAGGCGAGUGGAAGCUUUGUGACUCUGUUUUCAACGAUCAUCCCUUCAUUUCCCAUACGCUCUUCAGCAAUUUAACAAGAGCGGUAGUCAUCAAGCUUCUCAACUUCGCAAACGCCGUUGUUUUAACAAAACGAUCGGCGGAGAAGAUGUUCAAAUUACUUGACAUGUACGAAACCAUCCGCGAUUUAAUCCCAGCCAUUAAUGGCUUCCCUGAAAAUUGUAGAACAGAGCUAAUUUCCGAAGCCGAAGGGGCAAAAAACGGGAUAGGCGAAGCAAUAGUCGGCAUUUUCUACGACCUAGAGAACUCAAUCAAAAGCGACAACGCGAAAAUUCCAGUUCCAGGAGGAGCAGUUCAUCCAUUGACACGCUACAUAAUGAAUUACCUAAAAUACGCAUGCGAGUACAAAGAAACCCUAGAACAGGUCUUCCAAUUUCUCGACCCUAAAGCCGAUGAAAACCGACCGGCAAGAAUGGACGAGAACGACGACGCGUCGCCGAGAAAAUCUCAGCUCGCAAUUCAGAUCGCAAUGGUAAUGGAUCUGCUCGACGCGAAUCUCGCAAUGAGAUCGAAACUAUACCGCGACGCAUCUCUUCGGUACAUCUUCCUGAUGAACAACGGAAGGUACAUAGUACAAAAGAUCAAAGGCUCAAGUGGAAUUACCGAGUUGAUGGGCGACCGUUGGUGCCGGAAACGAUCGACGAAUCUGCGACAAUACCACAAAAAUUACCAGAGAGAAACAUGGAGUAAGGUAUUGCAAUGCCUAAGCCACGAAGGAUUGCUGGUGAACGGGAAGGUGUCGAAGCCGAUAUUGAAGGAGAGAUUCAAAAGCUUCAACGCGAUGUUCGACGAAAUACACAAAACGCAAAGCAGUUGGGUAGUGAGCGACGAGCAACUUCAAUCGGAGCUUAGGAUAUCGGUGUCGGCGGUGAUGAUUCCGGCGUACCGCUCGUUCGUUGGGAGAUUCAAGCAGCAUUUCGAUCCGGGAAGACAAUCGGAGAAGUACAUAAAGUAUCAGCCUGAAGACAUUGAAGGUUUGAUUGAUGACCUGUUUGAUGGAAAUACUGCGUCUAUGGGGAGAAGAAGAUAGUAGAAACACUAAAUUUCACUCGGAUACAGUCUCUUAAUUUUUUCUUUUUUCUUUUUUCUUUUUUUCCUUUCCAUUUAAUUGAAUUUCUGUACUGAUAAUUUUUUUUCUUAUUGUGAUUUAUUUUUUUCCUCCCAAUAACACGUGGGAA